CUCAUUGGACUCUCAUAGAUAUAGAUUCGAUUAUAUACGAUGGCUCGACGCAGUGCAGCAAGUUCCAGCGCGGCGACGCCCGCUCCGGCCAACCCUCCGCCUCAAGAAGCACCUGCCGAACCUGCCCCUGCUGCAGCAGCUCCACCUCCUCCACCUCCUGUAGCGAGAAGACGAAACAAUGUCGCCGGUCCUACUUCUGCCUUGACUAGUUUCCUCAGAGAACACGGCAUUCAAGCUACAAUCGGUCGUUCAGGAUGGGGCUCGUCUCAACAACCUCCAGCUGAACCUACUACCCCUGGACCUGAAGAAGCAGGACCAUCGACUCCUCAAGCACAAGCGGGUCCUUCGAACUCGAGAGGCUCGGAAGAUGCGGCGAGUAGGAGCGUCACACCGGCUGUUGCUCCGAGGGGGAGCAAGAGAGCGAAACCGAGCAGAGGAAGGGUCGAGGAUGAUAUCGACUCGGACGACCUGGAUGACGACAACUUCGUGCCAGCGAAGAAGAGCAGGAAGACGAUCAAUAACGACGACGAUGAUGACUUCGUGGAUGACACCGUAGCCAACAGCUUGAGGGCGAUUGGGGAGUUCAUGAAUUGCGGGAAAUGCGAGGUCCAGUUCACUGUCACCGCCUACACGAAGCCUCAUCCAGCACGAACCGGCUACCUAUGUUACGAAUGUACCGUCUCCUUCGGUAUAGACCCUUUAGCUAAGCCGAAAAAGAAGACGGCGAGGAAACCGGCUGUCAAGGAGAAGCGAGCCAAGGUUAUCAGUUAUGAGGAGAUCAAGGGGGCUUUGCCUUUGGGGGAUCUUUGCAUCAAGUUGAUCGGGAAGUAUAUCGAGGACGUAGAGGCGCUGGGGAAUAUCGGGUCCAAGUCGAUGGACAAGGUGUGCAGGAUCAUCUCGAAAAGUAGGAGAUUGACGGCGGAUACGGCGACGUUGUUUUAUGCUGCAGAGAGGACCCAGUUGAAGAUGUAUGAUUGUACCAAUCUCAUCCCGGCGAGCUACGUCACCCUAGCUGCCCUCUGCCCGAACUUGGAAGAACUCUCGCUCGAGCUUUGUGGUCAGCUGGAUACGGAUACGAUGAUCAAGUGGGGACAGGUUCUGCCUCAUCUCAGGAGGGUCGAGCUCUGGGGACCGUUCAACGUCAGGAAGGAAGGGUGGAUCAGGUUCUUCAAGGAUAAGGGGAAGACGCUUGAGGGAUUGCUAAUUACGCAGUCGCCGAGAUUCGACAAGGAAUGCCUGGAGACCAUGGUCGAGCACUGUCCGAACAUCAAGGAGCUCAAGAUGCGCGAAUUCGGCUUGCUAGCGGACGACUGGCUACCCAUCAUCGGUCGACUGAAGAAGUUGGAGCUGCUUGACCUCUCGGCUCCUGGACAUGCGUCGCUGACGGAUCAGCCGGUGAUCGACUUGUUGCAGCAAGUCGGAGCCAAUCUGGAGUCGUUGAGCUUGGAGGAUCACAUCCGGCUCACCGACAAGGUCUUGAUGAAAGGGAUCGUCCCGAACUGUCCGCAGAUCCGGCGGCUCAACAUGGCCAACGUAGCCGAUUACACUCCGCCCCAGGAAGACGACCUAUACGAGAAGAGCGGGAUAACCAACGAGGGAGUGGCCGAAUUCUUCAAGGCUUGGAAAGAGCAUGGACACGAUGGCUUGUUCGCAGCCGAGUUUAACAUGAAUCACGACCUCAAAGAAGAAGCUCUGGGCGCACUGUUGGAUCAUUCGGGAAGGUCGUUGGAGAAGCUUGAUAUCAAGGGAUGGAGGACGGUCUCGGAGGAAGCCUUGAAUGCCAUCGGGACCAGCUGUCCGAACUUGAAACAACUCAACGUCGGGUGGUGUAGGAUGUUGACGGACUUUACCAUGAAGGCGAUCCUGGAUGGGUGCGAGCAGAUUGAGACAGUCAAGGCCUGGGGUUGCAACAAGUUGACGGAUAAUGUACCUCGCAAGAAGGGCUGCCGUGUUACGGGGAUCGAAGCGCAUGCUAUCGGUGUAUAGCUUAUUGAGAAAGCAGGCGGGAUGAUGCAGAACCAGACGAUACUACAUACGGAAGGACGGGAUAAGGAUUCGUGUUCUGGGUUAAUCUCGAGAGAAGUUGUAUGCGGUUACGAUCGCCGAUUGCAUUUUCGAAUACUAUGCCAGUUUCGGACCAUUCGCACGCCCUUCGUACUGCCUUGUAUG